UCAAAUAAAGGAGGUAAGUUUCUAAAGAAACUAAGAUGGUCUUUGACCUAUUAAAGAGGCCACCUAAAAUUGAAACGUUUCCACGAAAUACGAGUAAAUCUAACAAAGAUAGAAACCCCUGUAAAAGUAUGAGAUCAGGCGAACCUUGCAUUAUCGGGUAACGCGUGACCAUCUGUUACUAUGACCAUCGAAAACUUCGCGUGACCGCUGAGGUAGAGCCACUUUCCGCCAACGGCAUCAAACGAUGACGUCACGGGAACGUCCCUAAUUUGCUUCUAGAGUGAAGCCGAAGUGAUGUACUUUUUCUCUCAGAUUUACUGCUGUGAUUCGCUGAGUUGUCCCUUCUGUUUGUAAUUAAGCAGGAAGACCAUGGCCACAGCUGCUCCUCCAGUGACAUUUUCCUCUACUAAAGAGACCACCAAUUAUGCAAGACUUUGUCGUCUUCUGGUUGAUAUGGGAUCUUGUGUGCUACGGGACACAUUUGACAGGAUUAAUCCCCCAAGCGACCUUCACAACCACUUGGCGACACAUCACACCAAACUUCAGCAACUUCAAAAGAAAAAAGUCUUAAAUCCAACACAAUGGGGAAAGUUAUACCCAGCAAUGCCUUCCUCAGUAUCAUCAAAAAACUUUGACAUAACUCUUCUGACAGUCCUACUGAGGAACAUUUGUAGCUUAAGACCACCAGCCACUGGAUGGGAUGCACUUCCACCUGCCACAGAUAUGAGCACAGAGGCCGACAUUGCUCGAGUGAAAUACUUUAGAAAUACAGUGUAUGGCCAUGCUGAGAAGGCUUCUGUGGAUGAUGCUACAUUCAAUGUGUAUUGGCAAGACAUCAAAGAUGCUUUAGUGAGACUUGGAGGACCUGCAUAUGGAGUGGCAAUUGAUAAUCUUAAAAAUGAGUGCAUGGACCCUGUAUUUGAGGAACACUACAGAGAACUUCUAAAGGAAUGGAAAAGAGAUGAUGAUAACACCAAAGACAAACUGGACGAAAUUGAUCGGAAACUUGAAGAACUGAUUUUGAAAGCUUCAACAAGCACGCCAUUGCCAAAAGAUGUUGAAGAGCCAACUGAACUUAUAGAGAGGAUUCGCCAACUUUACCAGAUACGAGAAGGACGAAUUUCACCAUUUCCUUGGUGUGAGUUCUUCAACUUUGACAUUAACGACAUAUUUACCAUGCCAACCAUUGUCAGGCAAGACAAAACUAGAAAAAGAGCUGUAGAACAGGUAACCAGCAUAACUGGAGUCUUUAAACCUCACAGUGGAUGUUCCAAGCCCAGAACUGUCCUGAUUGAGGGAGAACCAGGAAUGGGUAAGACAACCUACUGUCAAAAGGUAGUGUAUGACUGGGCCAAUGGUAAAGAAACAGAUGCUUCUUUCCCAAAAAUUAAAUUGGUUCUCCUGCUCAAAUGUCAUGACAUGUCGGGCAACAUCUGGGAAGCCAUUGAUGAUCAGUUGCUUCCUCAAGAUAUUGAAGAAGAAGAAAGAGAGAACUUCUUCAAGUACAUUCGUGCCAAUCAGUCCCAGGUUCUGCUGGUUUUUGAUGGAUUGGAUGAAGCACCUACCAAUGUUAUGGAACUGUUUUCCCGCCUUGUUGAGAGCAGAGAACUCUCAAAGUGUCAUAUAAUUCUUACAUCCAGGCAAGAGGGGAGUGUUAAGAUUAGUAAGUUUUGUGACACCUUGCUUCAAAUGGAAGGAUUUGUUUCAGAUAAUUCUCACAAUUACAUCAUGCAUUACUUCAAAGACUUGGAGGCACAGGGACAAAACCUUUUGAUGGACAUAGAACAAAAUAUUGAACUUAGAGAACUGAUUGUCAAUCCCUUAUUCACAGCAAUGCUUUGCCUUGUUUAUGAAGAUUUAAAAGGUGGUCUGCCUCUAAGCAAGACUCAGUUGUAUCUUGAAAUCACAGAAUGCAUUCUUAAGAGAUUUUGCCAAAAACAAGGAUUGUCUCACAGUAAUGACGACCUAACUGAAGUUUUCAAGGAAGAGCUGGAACAAUUGGGAAGUAUAGCCUUGAAGGCCUUGAAGAAAGAUAAAAUGCAUAUUGAAGACAGUGAAUUUCCAGGAACAACAGGAAAAUCACCUCUAUUUGAAUUUUUAUCAGUUCAGUCUAACAGCAGCAAAAGAAGAUCCCAUACAUGCUACCGAUUUUCACACAAGAGUUUUCAAGAAUUCUUUGCAGGUCUUUAUCUCUCCAACCAAAUUUUGAAAGGGGAAACAGACUUUGAGAUGCUGCUUGCAAAUGAAAGACAAAACUUAAAGUUUCUUGAACCAGUCUUUUUGUUCACUGUUGGUAUUCUUGGCCAUAAAAGAGAAAAUGGAGCGUUGUCUCUAUUACAUAUCAUUAUCAAGAAAGCCAAUCUUUUCAAAAACUGUAAGCUUCAAAAUUUUUAUUUGUGCUUUGCUUUAAAGUGCAUUUGUGAAUGCUCCACAGAAAAUUCAGGACUUCAAUCCCAGAUGAUAAAUUUGCUAGGAACAAACCUAGAACUUCAAGAGUUGGUAAUAACUGACAACAGUUUUCAUACUAAGUUGCUUGUUGAGGCCCUUCAAGUUAACAGCACACUUACUUCUUUAUACAUUUGGGUUCCAUUUUUGGGAGACCAGUUUAUUGUGUCAUUGGCAAAUAUGCUUCAAGUCAAUAAAACUCUGACUACAGUUAGAAUUGAUGCAGAAGGUUUUUUCAGUGCACAUACUGUGCAGCAACUGGCUGAUUCUCUAAUGGUUAACAAAACAUUAAAUUACUUGAUGUUUACGGGGAAUGCAUGGGACAAUGAUGCAGUCAGGAUCUUGACAGGUUAUAUGAAGAGGAGUGAAAGCUUGAGUUCCUUAAAUCUAAAUUGCAGUGACAUUGGUGAUGCAGGAGCCACAGCACUUGCAGAGGUUUUAAGGACCAGCACCACUUUAAACAGUUUGGGCCUUUCUAAUAACCCAGGUAUUGGUAAUCCCAGUGUUAUAUCACUGUGUGAGGCUCUGAAAGUCAACACAACUCUUAGCUCAUUAGAUUUGUCUGGAACUGGUAUUAGUGAUGCUGGUGUUCUUUCUCUUGUGGAAGUUCUCAAAACCAAUGCCAGCAGCCUAACCUCAUUGUUACUGUCAGAUAUCAAAAUAAGUCAUCAAAGUAUAAAGUCUAUUGUAGAAGUCUUGAGAGUCAACUCUACUUUGAAAAACCUUGAAUUUGAAGGAAAUAAGGUUGGUGUUGGUGGAACAAAGUUGAUUGCUGAAAGCCUUAAAGCCAAUACAACCCUGAAACUUCUCAGUCUCUCAAGGAACAACAUCAAAGCUAAAUGUGGCCGUUUAUUUUCUGAUUCCCUCAAAGUUAAUGGGACACUGGAAUCUCUGACUUUGGCAAAGAAUGCCCUUGGUUCUCGUGGUGCCCAACUUCUAUCAGAUGGGCUCAGAGUGAAUACCUCACUUAGACAUCUGGACCUGUCUUGGAAUUCCAUUGGCAGUGAAGGUGCAGAGUCAAUUGCAGAGACCAUCAGAGUUAAUGCUUCACUGACCAGCUUGAAGCUAAAAGGGAACAAUAUUGGUGAUCCUGGAGCCAACAAAGUUUCUGAAGCUCUUAAAGUCAAUGUCUCUCUGGAGGACCUGGAUCUGUCAUUUAAUGCCAUUGGUGCUGCUGGAGCUGAGUCUAUUGCUGAGGCCCUUAAAAGUAAUGCUACUCUGACUAAUUUAGACCUUGGUUCUAAUGUCAUUGGUGAUAAUGGAGCCCAAUCACUUUGUGAGGCUCUUAAGAAAAAUGCCACCUUGACCACCCUGGCUGUUUCUCACAACAAUAUCCAUUCAGCUGGUGCUCAAGCAUUUGAUGAGCUCCAAGGACAUAACAACACCUUAAAGAAAGUAACUUUGAUCAUGAACAAUAUUGGUGACCUAGGUGAUCAUGGGGAUCAAGAAUUUAAUGACGUCCCCAUGGGAAGCUGGCCUAUUUUUCCUAUUUCAUUUGAUCUUUCACUGCGCUGUACUGAUCAAGGAAGCUUUGAUGUAGUUGUUUCUAAAGAGACUUUGAUGCUACCUCAACAAUGAAGCAUUUUGUAGAUAACCAAAUGGAAGGCAAGUUGUAAAAAGCUAAUUUCAUUUCUGUGCUGGAGUUGAUAAGGAUGAC